AUGGCCGCUCGAAGGGGACCGCACCGCCACCACCUGCGACAGAGACGGUCGUUUCGUGAGAGGAAGGACGUCCUGAAUGAGCUAGAUGACCGUGAGCUGGUGAAGAGGUAUUGGCAGGAUCCUGCUGGUAUCAUUUUCGUGACAAAUUUGGUGCGGGAAAGGCUGAAGAGACCAACUGCAAGGAACAAGGCCUCUCUCCCCGAGAUGCAAGUAAUCUUCACUGUGUGGCCGGGAUUGGUUUACGAUGCAAGAAUACUUGCUCAAAGUGGACUCUGCACGAUAUUUAACAGCGGCAUCGUCCCAGCUGUGUGUCACUUACUGGGAGAUAGUGGCUAUCGCAGCAAGAAGUGGCUACUGACCCCAUACCUCAGACCACAGCUUGGAGCACAGUCUUCUUAUAACAGGGCCCACAAGAAAACCUGCAGCAUUGUUGAGAGAGGCAUCGGGCAGCGGAAGCCACAUUUUCACAUGCUACAUAGUGAAAUCCAAGUUAGUCCUCCACCCAAAGUCUGCCAAAUUGUAGAGGUUUGUGCAUUGCUGCACAACAUCUGCAAAGCAAGAAACAUCAUUCUUCCUGAGGAAGAAGAACAUCUUGCUGCAGCCGAGGAUGGAGGCAACGAGGAGCGACCCCCAGCACAGAAAGUUCAAAGUCGCCAUGAAGGAAUCCUUUACAGGGAUGAAUUUGUUGUGCUUCACUUCAACAUUGCUGAGUGUUGAGACACCAGUGUCAUGACUGCUGAGAUUGGUGUUAAUCUCAUGUGGAUGAUCUCCUUAUCCACAUAGACCAGUGAUGUACCAGGCAAGUCUGGCUCCUGUUGGUGCCACAUCACUGGUGCUGGAAGUGGUGUGGGAGGUGCCUCCUCCUCAACACCCACUGCCUCGGUCACCACUUAUCUCUGUUGGGCUGCCUCUGCCACUUCCCCAGCAUAGAAAACGUUGUUAGGAGUAACUUAAAAUUUCUCCCAUGCUUCCUCCCCCC